CCGUUUAGAACAGCACUUCACAGCACCAUGGUCUACCUCCCUGCAACAAAGCAUCUCAACGGCGUCCGCCUCCUCGCCCUUGAUGGCGGCGGCGUCCGAGGCGUGGCCUCCCUCAUUGUCCUCCAAGAAAUCAUGAAGAGAGUCCAGGUUAAAAAGGGCCUCAAAGAAGAGUGUCGCCCCGCAGACUACUUUGAAAUGGGCGCAGGCACCAGCACCGGUGGCAUCAUCGGUAUUAUGCUGUUCCGGCUUCGCAUGACAACUUCGGAAGCCAUUGAGCAGUACGACAUCAUCUCCAAAGAGGUGUUUAGUCCCAAAAUCUACGGGUGGAACCUCACGCGCAUGAUGCCCAACAUGAUGGCUUCUUGGAUCAACAACAGCAAGACGCUGGUUCAGAGCAGCAGAUUUGACGAUAAAUCGUUGAAGGAUGCUAUCGACAAGGUUGUUGCCAAGUAUGGCUUGGAUGAGAAUGACAGGAAAUUGAAGGGCGAAGCGCCAUUAUUGCAUCCCAAGGCUGGCAGGAUGUUUGUCUGCACAACUGCGCAAAACAGAGCUGAAACAGUCUUGUUGAGAUCAUACAAAAACAACACCGUCCAUGUUCCAUCCAAAGUCAACAACAUCAUGCGAGAGCAUUCAGACAAAGUCACCAUCAGCCUAGCUACGCGCGCAACCUCUGCCGCGCCAACAUACUUCCCUGAAGUCAAGUUUCCCGAGCAAGUUGCCAAAAAAGAAGACCAGCUGACCUUUUGGGACGGCGGUCUCCUCAACAACAACCCCAUCGACCAGCUAUGGUACUCAAGAUACGAGCUUGUCGAGCCGCACGAGCCUUCCCCCUCCGUAUCAUGCGUCAUCAGUCUGGGUACCGGCUACACUAAGCCAGACGAGUCACCAUCAGAUGCGUGGUUCAAGCUCGUGGGAGUUGCAUCGUCAGUCAUGGGAUUUGCUACAAAUACAAACGCAAAGGGCAAGGACUUUUCGCGGCACAUGUCAGUGCUGAACAACCGAUCUGAACACUCCCAGACACGAUACGUCAGACUGAACCCGUCGCUCGGCAAGAGUGAGAUUGGCCUGGCGGAUUAUACCAAGAUGGAGGAGCUGAAGCAACUGGCGACUGCGUACAUCAAGGGCAAGGACAACCAGGAGUGGAUUGACAAGGCCGUGGCUGCGGUGUGCGGCGAAUGAGAGGAGUUGGGCCAUGUUUAUAUAAUUUGAUGUUUCCAAGGGCGUGCGUAGGAUAUAUUGGCAUGUAUUGAUUAUGAGUUGGACGGUUCAAAACGUCAAACAAGAUGGAUGGAAUUCAAGGGUAUAUUAUACUUGUAAGCGUUGUUCAUUGGGGUUUUACUUUUGAAGCUUUUGAAAAUAUUUAAAGGUCUAGCAAU